GUCGCAGCGAGUGGCCCAGGGCGGCGCGCCGCCGACGGAUCCAGGGCCGGGCGUGCGGUACGCCGGCUUCCUCCGAGAAUUCAACCUGUCGCUGCUGCGGGAGGGGCCCUCGGCCCGGCGCGCCCGCGAAGAGCUGUUCGAGCGGCGGAGCGCCCAGGUGCAGGCCCUGAACGGCCUGGCGAGCGCGAGCUGGCGCGCGACGGUGAAUCGCUUCGCGGACCACACCGACGACGAGCUGAAGGCGCACUUCGGCUUCCGGUCGGCCGCGUGGGGCCGCCCUGCGCCCGCCGCGUCCUUCCUGAGGCGGCGCGCCCACGCCGACCGCCGGGCCGCGGGCCCGGGCCUGCCCGAGGAGGUGGACUGGACGGCGCGGCUGGCGUCGGGCAGGCGCGUGCUCUACCAGGGCAUGUGUGGCUCCUGCUGGGCGGUCGCCGCCACCGGCGCGCUCGAGACGCACAUGGAGAUCGCGCACGGCAACGCCUCGGAGCUCUCCUACGAGCAGAUCCUCCACUGCACCCCGAACCCGCGCAACUGCGGGGGCCCGGGCGGCUGUGGGGGUGCGACGUCGGAGCUGGCCUUCGAGUACGUCAGGGAGCACGGCAUCGACGCCGACCGCUUCGCCGAGGGCGCCUGCGAUGCCCGCGGCGACGACCGCGCGCGCGUGAUGGUCUCCGGGUUCGUGAAGCUCCCGGCGAACCAGGCGACGCCGUUGAUGGAGGCCGUGGCGUCGCGAGGCCCCGUCGUCGUGGGCGUCGACGCCUCGAACUGGUUCCCGUACGAGAGUGGCGUCUUCACCGCGUGCGACGAGUAACCCCGUGA